AUGACCCGCGAGGGCUUACAGGAGGAGGCGCGGGGCGGUGGGACGUGGGAUCAUCAAUCUCUAUCAGGGUAUCGCCGCCGGCGAUACUCGCUUCCGUUCCUGAAAAAAGUAGCCACGAAAAAUAUGACCGCUGUCUCUGGACACGUGACAGUACGACGUCGCUCGCCAAUAUAUUCAACUAACCGACAAAUCCCAUGGCGGUAUUCAAAAUCGCGUUCCCUUUUUAAAGUUGAGACGAUUCAAGUAACGAGUGUCGAAUUCUACGAGUCGGCUGCCCCGGUGGACCCCUCAGUAGACGAAGUGCCCCCGGAGGUGCGUCGACAAUUUGCAGAAAAUUUGAUUGCUCUACCGCCCCGGCGAUCGUCGUCGGUGGUUCGUGAAUAUUUUUUAAGUUGUCUACUUGAAGGGUCUCGGUUACCACCUGAUGUGCCGCCGCGCAACCCCACUAUGUCUCGGUUGAACGGCCGUAUCACUGGCAACCCUGCCGAUCUGGCCGAUUUCGAGCCUUCUUGCCUUGUGCGAACGCCUUCAGGCAACUUCUACGUGCCUUCGGGUGAAUGGGAUAUACAAAAGAAUCCGUCUAUGGACUACAAGUCAAAUUCGUCGUGUAGCAGUCCAGGAAAGCCAGAGAAAAAUACAUUAGAAAGAAUGGAGAGGUCAGAUCGACCUCAUCCGACAUUUGGCACCCCAGUGCCUGUCCUCCCAGUUCGGAACAAUCUCCGUUCUACAAAUUUUCCCCCAACCGGUUCACGGUUUCACUUUAGAAAAGGAUUUUCGUCAAGAUGCUCGUGGAAGUGUACAGCAAUAGUGUUCAUAAUACUCUUCAUUUUACUCUUAGCAAUUUCAUCUUAUAUGACAGCGUCAUACUUUGUCAACUGGGCGUAUCAAAACCCCAAGUCAUGUAUGGUAGUAGUUGGAGAACCCUCUGAAGUCUUUCCAGCAUCUAAGGCCACGUCAUUGGAAUUUGUAAAUAAGUCUAUUGCGCGGCCGCAUCAAAGUUUGCCGACCAUAGGCACAGGUAAAGAGGAACAUCAUUCCCGUCAACGUAGAAGUGUAGAUGUAGUAGAUGGGCAUGCUUCUUCUGUAUCACAAUCUCUUUCUUCCGAGAAUUCUUACAACGCUGAAAAUAUGCAUGAUAUUACUACGCCUAUUGUGAACACUGUUAGCUUAGUGCAUGGAGUGGACUCGGAGGCGGUCACCUUUCAACCGAAUGAAGACAAUAGCGAGGUGCCUAACAAUGCUUUUCUAUCUGUUAGUGUUGAUAACAUUUCUGUUAAUACUGGUGAUUUAACUCUUAAUAAUAAUCCAGAAUCUCAUACAAUUAAGGUGAUAGAAACAAGUGCUAUGCCGCUAACUUCUCAAGAAGUAACAACUAGUACAACUAAAAAAGUUAGUAGUGUAACGGCUAAACCGUUGAACGUAACUAAAGAGUCGGUGGAUACACCACCCGAAAUAAAUCAUAAAAUAAGCGCUCCUAUAAAUGCCAUUCAAGAUGAAAUAGCGUACGACCCUGAGAAUAUGCAGGGUGAUGCAUUUCCAUCGAUACAUUCGUUUGGUAUCCAAAAGCUUCAAAUUUUUAAAUUAGGUUCGCAAUUAGAACAUAUUAAGGCAGGACUACAUAUAUUUACUAAUGAAACCGUUGAAUCAGUGGAAAACCUAAAAAAGCUUCAUUACGAUAGUGUAAAUACAGUAACAAAAAAAGUAGUUGACACAACAACUACAACUAAAACUAGAACAGAUCAACCGGUAAUAAACACAUGGAGUUCUGAAGCGUCUACAACAGAUGUAGAAUUGUCAACAACUAACAAACCUUUAACAAUUUCACAAGAAGUGUAUUCCACUGUAAAUACAUUUACUGAACGCAACGAGCCUGUGACCACAACACCGAUCCCAUCAACUAAGGAUAACAUACUUACUUCUAGCACGACUACUGAAACGACAGUAGGCGGAGACCCAACUGUUAAUACUGUCGAAACAAAAACCACUGAUGUGACUAACCAUAAACAUGUGUUGAUUAACUUAACAAUUUCUGCUGAUGAUGCAGAGAAUGCAAUAUAUAAACCACUUUAUUCACUGACGUUUACUGUUCCUACAGUUGGUAAUACUAAUGAAAUUCCAACUGUUAAAAUAACUCCGAUGGAUGCAGAUCCUACCCAACCUACAAAUUUUAAUAAACCUAUCACAUUAGAAGGUUCUACAAAAUUCAACACACCCACAAAUAAAGAAAAUGAUUGGGGAGGCAGUUGUGAGUGUUCGUGCCCAGCAUGUAUAACCAAUGCCACUGAUGAUUUCUAUGAUACUGUUGAAAACCAAGCUACUUCGGCAUCGCCAAAAUCUGAUUUGACCACAACAGAUAAUCAAGAACCCAAAAGAAUAACCUCUAUUCUGCAACCAUCUACAACUGAAAAUCUGACCCAAAAGCCAACAACUACAGAAACGGUAUUUACAACAGAUAACGAUUUGACCUCAACAACAAUGAUCUCUUCCGAAACUUUUUCGACACCUGGAAGUGUAGAAACUACUACAGAUAUAACAACUACAACAGAAUCUGAAACUAUACCUACAACACAUGUGCCAAAAGUUGUUUGUCCAAAAAUUGAACCUCCACCCAUUCUAAUACUGGAAGGUGCGCACACGUUUCCCGCGCAAACAUUCCCACCUGACGGGACGACAUUCAAACAAAUUAAUUUAGGUGAAAAAUUAUCGAAAGAAAUCCCUCCAUACAGCUAUUGGAAUAUGCAAUUCUAUCAAACUCAAGCAAGUUAUGUGAAAUUUGACUACAUGAUACCCAGAGGGGCUUCCAUAGGUGUAUAUGCUCGAAGAAAUGCUUUACCCACACAUACGCAAUAUCAUAUAUUGGAAGUGCUCAGCGGGUUUAAAGCUCGAACUACAAGAACGUCACAUCCGUCAAUUAAGAAAGAAGUAACCCACUACAUGGAGCAAGGUCACUGGUUCCUAUCUCUGUACAACGACGACGGUGAUCCACAAGAAAUCACACUCCUAGCUAAUACAGCUGAUGAAAUGACGCACAACUGUCCAAACGGAUGUUCAGGUAAAGGAGAAUGUCUCAUGGGUCAUUGUCAAUGCCAGCCAGGCUUCGGUGGAGAUGACUGUAGUAAAAGUGUAUGCCCAGUUCUAUGUAGUCAACGAGGUGAAUACAUCAACGGCGAAUGUCAAUGUAACCCUGGAUGGAAAGGUAAAGAAUGCUCUCUUCGACAUGACGAAUGUGAGGUUCCAGAUUGUAAUGGCCACGGGCACUGCGUUAACGGAAAAUGUUUGUGCGUCCGAGGAUAUAAGGGCAAAUUUUGUGGUGACAUCGACUGUCCGCACCCAACCUGUUCUGGUCACGGAUUUUGUAUUGAAGGAUCCUGUAUCUGUAAGAAGGGGUGGAAAGGUGUUGAUUGCGCAACUAUGGACAAAGAUGCUUUACAAUGUCUGCCGGAUUGCUCAGGGCAUGGAACGUUUGAUGUUGAUACUCAGACUUGCACCUGCCACUCACGUUGGUCUGGUGACGAUUGUUCUAAAGAGAUUUGUGAUCUAGAUUGCGGUAUUCAUGGUAGAUGCGUUGGUGAAUCUUGUGUCUGCAGUCCUGGCUGGACCGGUGAAUUCUGUACAUCUAAACUCUGUGAUGCGAGAUGUAGUGAUCACGGUCAAUGUAAAAACGGUACUUGCCUUUGUGUGUCGGGCUGGAACGGUAGGCAUUGCACACUAGAGGGAUGUCCGAGAGGGUGUGCUGGUCAUGGCCAAUGCAAGGUAGCCAAUGACGGACAGUGGUCCUGCAAAUGUUUCGAGGGAUGGGAUGGACCUGACUGCACCACGCUCAAAGAACAGAUUUGCGAUGACUCUAAGGACAACGAUAAAGAUGGACUUGUCGAUUGUGAAGACCCUGAGUGCUGUCAGAGCCCAAUUUGUAAAGGCAGUCAGCUGUGUGUCUCAUCACCCAAGCCGACAGAUAUUCUCCUUAGGAAACAACCACCCGCGAUCACUGCUUCAUUCUUUGAACGAAUGAAGUUCAUCAUAGAUGAAGGUAGCCUACAAAACUAUGCAAAGCAGGAAAACUUCAACGAAAGUCGAUCGGCGGUAAUUCGUGGUCGUGUUGUCACAUUACUUGGGACUGGUCUGGUCGGAGUCAGGGUGUCGACCGAUACGCCGCUAGAAGGCUUUACACUCACAAGAGACGAUGGCUGGUUUGACUUGCUGGUUAAUGGAGGAGGUGCUGUCACUCUCAACUUUGGACGAGCACCGUUUAAGAGGGCUACGAAGGUCGUCUAUGUGCCUUGGAAUGAGGUUGUGAUAAUUGACACUGUGCUUAUGACAACAAUGGAUGAGAAGAUAAACAUGGGCCCACCGCAGGCCUGUCUGGCUCACGACUAUGACACCAUGAAGCCUGUAGUACUUGCCACGUGGAAACAUGGUUUCCAAGGAGCAUGUCCUGACAAAAGCGCUAUAUUGGCUGAGUCACAGGUCAUCCAAGAAAGUCUCGAGAUACCUGGAACUGGUCUCCACCUCGUUUACCACAGUUCAAGAGCUGCUGGCUACCUCUCAACCAUUCAACUACAAUUGACUCCUGAAAAGAUCCCUUCAACCUUGGCACUCAUUCACUUACGCAUCACUAUUGAAGGCAUACUCUUCAAGAAGACAUUUGAAGCAGAUCCUGUUAUUAAAUUCACUUACCCAUGGAACAGACUGAAUGUGUACAAACAAAGAGUGUAUGGAGUGACUACAGCUUUAGUCAAAGUUGGUUAUCAAUACACAGACUGCAAGGAUAUCAUAUGGAAUGUCCAAACGACUAAGCUAAGUGGUCAAGAUAUGAGCAUAUCUGAUGUUGGUGGAUGGAAUUUGGAUAUACAUCAUCGUUAUAAUUUCCACGAAGGCAUUCUUCAAAAGGGCGAUGGUACAAAUGUGUACUUGAAGCACAAACCUCGCGUGAUCAUCACUACGAUGGGUGACGGUCGUCAACGGGAAUUGGAAUGCGGUGAUAAUUGUUCAGGAGUAGCGUCCAAACAGAGGCUCUUGGCACCGGUAGCUUUGACUGCAGCACCUGAUGGUUCCAUCUUCGUUGGAGACUUCAACCUUGUCAGAAAGAUCAGCCCUGAUGGAACUGUGCGAACCGUGGUUAAAUUGAAUGCCACUCGAGUCUCCUACCGGUACCACAUGGCAUUAUCACCAUUAGACGGAAACCUGUACAUCUCGGACCCAGAAUCCCAUCAAAUUAUCAAAGUCCGUAACACCGAAGACUUUAGCGAUCCUGAACAUAACUGGGAAACCAUCGUUGGAUCUGGAGAAAGAUGCCUUCCUGGAGAUGAAGCUCACUGUGGAGAUGGGGCAUUAGCAAGAGACGCUAAACUUGCUUACCCCAAAGGUGUCGCAGUUUCCAUAGAUAACAUUCUCUAUUUUGCAGAUGGAACGAAUAUCAGAAUGGUUGACAGAGACGGAAUCAUUACAACAAUCAUUGGCAAUCACAUGCACAGAGCUCACUGGAAACCGAUUCCUUGUGAAGGAACAUUGAGCGUUGAAGAAGUUCACUUACGGUGGCCCACAGAACUAUCUAUUAAUCCCUUAGAUAAUAGUUUGCAUAUCAUUGACGAUCAUAUGAUUCUACAAAUGGCACCAGACGGUAGAGUAAAAGUUAUCGCCGGCAGACCUCUCCAUUGCCCCUCACCAAUAACUGGAGUUGACGUUGAGUUGGCAACUUAUGCAACUUUAGUCAUGCCCCAAAGUAUCGCUUUUGGGUCAGCAGGUGAUUUAUAUGUGGCCGAAAGUGAUUCUCAAAGAAUAAACAGAGUCCGCCUUAUCACAACAGAUGGAAAGAUUGCUCUGUAUGCUGGUGCCGAAUCGAAAUGCAAUUGCUUAGAAAGAGGAUGCGACUGCUUUGAAGCUGAUCAUUACUUGGCUUCUAAUUCCAAGUUCAAUACUAUAUCAGCUGUAAUUGUAAGUCCCGACGGCAUAGUCCACAUUGCUGAUCAAGCUAACUAUAGAAUCCGUUCGGUGAUGGCGAGUAUUCCAGAUGCGAGUGGUGCAAGGGAAUAUGAAAUCUAUUCGCCAGAUACGCAAGAAAUCUAUAUUUUCAACAGGUUUGGUCAGCAUAUUACCAGUAAGAACAUCCUAACUGGAGAAAAUAACUAUCUCUUUACCUAUACUGUCAACACAAGUAAUGGUAAACUUAGUACUGUAACCGAUGCAGCUGGUAAUAAAGUAUUCCUGUUACGAGACUACUCUACAUCAGUGAACUCCAUCGAAAAUACUAAAGGUCAAAAAUGUAGAUUAAAGAUGUCUAGGAUGAAAAUGCUCCAAGAACUUAGGACUCCCGACAACUUCAACGUUACAUUUGAUUACUAUGGACCAAGUGGGUUGCUUAAAUCCAAAUACGACAGCACUGGCAGGAGUUACGUCUACAAAUAUGAUGAGUUUGGACGUCUGACAUCGGCUGUAACACCUACUGGCCGAAUCAUUAAUCUUAACUUCGAUCUAAGUUUAAAAGGUGCAACUGUGCGUAUUACAGAGAACAACAAGAAACCUAUUUCGAUAUUGAUAAAGGGGUCCUCUGUUAACACACGUGUUGGUGAUGCUGAGAAAAAGACAAUAAUUUCAUCAGACAGCAGUAUUUCAUCUAGCAUGCCUUGGGGUCAUGUUAUUUCGACAGAUACAGUUCCUUAUACUGUUUUAGCUGAAAUAGAUCCCAUUUUAGGAGAAAGCUUCCCAAUUCCUGCCAAACAGAGGACUGAAGUGGGCGGUGAUUUGGCCAAUAGGUUUGAAUGGCGAUACUUCUUAAGAAAACUUCUUAACAAUGCGCGAAGCGGAAAGUCUAUUUCACAAGUUGGUCGCAAACUGAGAGUAAAUGGGGAAAACCUGCUCACUCUUGAGUAUGACAGAGAUUCUUCAACUGUUGCUGUGUUUAUGGAUGAUAAAGUAGAACUACUAAACAUAACAUAUGAUAGAACAGCUCGACCUGUGAAAUUCGGUCCAACAAACGGAAUUUUUGCAGAAGUUGUCCUUGACUACGAUAGAUUUAAUCGUUUAACUAAAUGGAGUUGGGGUGACUUAAAUGAAACAUACGGCUUUGAUAGAGCUGGAAGGCUAAACGAGAUAAGAUACGGCGAUGGAUCUUCUCUAGCGUACUCCUUCAGGGAUAUGUUUACUUCACUCCCUCUAAAAGUUACAACUCCCCGAGGUAGUGAUUAUCUCUUAGACUACGAUGAUUCUGGUGCUCUUCAAAAUUUGACUACUCCACGUGGUCAUAUUCACACGUUUGCACUCAUGACUUCACUGGGUUACUUCAAAUAUCAAUACUUUUCGCCAAUGAACCGACACCCAUACGAGAUUUUGUACAAUGAUGAUGGAAACAUUUUAUCUAAAAUAUUUCCACACCAGUCAGGCAAAAUUGUAUACGUUUAUGACAAUAGCGGGAAGCUGGAAAUGAUUCUUGCUGGUGCUUCUUCCGUGCGCUAUAACUAUCACGAAAAUACCCACCUUGUCAAAAAUGUCGAAAUUACGGAGGCCGACUACGAACUACGCCAAGACUAUAAAUAUCAUGCUGGUAUUCUUAAAGAUCAAAAAAUGAAAUUUAGCCCAAAGAGUAAUUUAAAUAAUGCUCAUUUCAAAUUUCAAUACGAUGGCAACGCGCGGCUUUCCACAAUUGAUGUUAAUAUCAACAGCAAGGAAAUGCCUCAGUUGAGAAUGAAAUAUAAUCAAAACUUGGGAAUUCUUGAAGCACUCAGUGAUCUAAGAAUUUAUAGAAACACCUUUAACCGAUCGGUGAUGCAGGACACCAGCAAACAAUUCUUCACGAUAACUGACUAUGACGACCGCGGCAGGGUAAAGUCCGUCCUGAUAAACAUCAAGGCUUUCGACGUAUAUCGACUUGAAUUAGAAUAUGAUUCAAGAAACAGAAUAAAAUCAAAGAAGACUAUGAUCGGCGACACGACUUCGAACGAACGAAUCAGUUAUAAUUACGAUGGACACCUAAUGGAAGUAGUAGGAUCCGAAGAUGACUGGAAAUACGUAUAUGAUGAGAACGGUAAUGUGAUUGGGGUCAUUGAGCAUGGAGAGAAACGAUACUUGGGCUAUGAUAUUGGCGACAGAGUAGUUCAGUACGGUGAUAUGGAAUACAGCAGCUAUGAUGGCCGAGGUUUCGUUAUAAGACGAGGCGAACAAAAGUACACGUACAACUCUCACGGCCAAUUUGUACAUGCUUUCGAAAGAGACAAGUUCCAGGCGUGGUACUACUAUGAUGACAGAAGUAGAUUGGUAGCUUUGAAAGACGACAAGAAUAAUAUCACACAGUUCUUCUAUGCUAACCCUGCAACGCCAUUUUUGGUUUCACACGUGCACUUCCCAAGAUCUGGAAAGACCGUUCGAUAUCUAUACGACCAGCGCAAUUACUUGACAUGUAUCGAGACAGAAGAUCAAAGAUUCUAUGUGGCUACAGAUCAGAAUGGAUCCCCACUCGUCGUUUUCGAUAUCAACGGUGAAAUUGUUAAAGAAAUAAAACGUAGUCCUUUCGGCAAAAUCCUGAAAGACAGCAACCCAGAAUUCUACAUUCCCGUUGACUUCCAAGGCGGUGUUUAUGAUUUCUACACAAAUUUAAUUCAUUUAGAAACUAGAUUGUAUGACCCGGUCGUAGGUCAAUGGAUGACACCGAGUUGGGAACAUUUGGCAAGCAAAUUACACUUGCCUACGGACAUUUUCAUCUACCGGUUCAAGAAUAACGAUCCAAUAAACAAGAAUCAGCACAUUCCCUACAUGACAGAUUUGGGUAGCUGGUUACAAAUGUACGGAUAUGAUCUGAACAAAAUGAUGGGGUCUAGGUACAUAACCAACAUGAUCUUCCAACCGAAAGUAGAACUGACUGCGCCCCGCUUGACUCCUGACUUUGAAGUAUUGUCUGGAUUGCAGUGUAUCAUUGAAAAGGUGAACCUGAAGUUAGCAGAUAUGAAUUUCGUACCGACCCCUCUUUUAAAAAUGGAACCAAUCAAACGAAACCUGCUACCCAGAGUCUCAUACAAACGAGGUGUGUUCGGUGAAGGUGUUCUCAUAUCGAGAGUCGAUGGCAAGGCUUUGAUCAGUGUGGUCGACGGAGCUAACAGUGUAGUAGAAGACGUCAUAACAACAGUAUUCAACAACUCCUACUUCUUAGAUGUACACUUUAAUAUCCACGAUCAGGACGUGUUCUACUUCGUGAAAGACAAUACUCUGAAAAUCAGAGACGAUAUGGAGGAACUACGUAGACUGUCAGGGAAAUUCAACGUAUCCCAAGACGAGACCAACGAUCAAGGACUAGAGGUGCGCGUGCACGCGGUGAGCGCGGGGUCCGCGCAGGCGGUGAUGGUGCUGCGCUACGGCGCGGAGCCGCGGGCGGAGCGCGCGCGGCUGCUGAAGCACGCGCACAAGCGCGCCGCCGCACGCGCCUGGGAGCGCGAGAAGGCGCUGGUGGCCGCGGGCUGGGAGGGCCGCGCGCUCUGGACCGAGGAGGAGAAGGAGGAGCUCAUCUCGCACGGCGUCGUGGACGGCUGGGUGGCGCGCGACGUGCACCCGCUCUCGCGCUACCCGCAGCUCGCCGACGACCCCGCCAACGUCGUGUUCGUGCGCGACGCGCGCCGCAAGCGCCGCAGGAGCGGCCGCGCCAGGCACCGCUCCUAA